AUGGCCAAAUUUGAAAAAAUAUUGGUAGCUUUGUUAAUCUGUGCAGUCUUAUCCAACAUCAUCCAAGUGGAUGCCGACUUUUCCAAGAGCAUGUACCUCACCUGGGGUGUUCAACAUGCAUCAAUUCUGGGUGAAGACCUUCAUCUUGUGUUGGAUCAAGCCUCAGGCUCAGCUGCUCAAUCAAAGAGAUUAUUCUUAUUUGGAAGUAUAGAAAUGUUAAUCAAGCUGGUACCUGGUAAUUCUGCAGGAACAGUUACAGCCUACUAUUUAUCCUCAACAGGAGGCCAGCACGAUGAGAUUGAUUUUGAGUUCUUAGGCAACAGUACAGGACAACCAUACACUGUCAAUACAAACAUAUACACACAAGGAAAAGGAAGCAGAGAGCAACAAUUUUACCUCUGGUUUGACCCAACGGCUAAUUUUCAUAAUUACACCAUUCACUGGAAUCCCACAGAAAUUGUGUGGUAUGUUGACAGUCAGCCAAUUCGGGUUUUCCGGAACUAUGAAAAUCAGGGCAUUGCUUAUCCAAACAAGCAAGGAAUGAGGGUUUAUACCAGCCUAUGGAAUGCAGAUGACUGGGCAACUAGAGGCGGGCUUGUUAAGACAAACUGGAGCGGUGCACCAUUCAAGGCCAGAUUUCGUCAUUUUAGAGCAAGGGCUUGCAAGUGGAGAGGAGCAAUCAGCAUUAAUCACUGUGCCUCCAAUGUCCCUCAGCUGAGUUAUCCCAAGAAGGGCCAGUUGACUUGGGUCAGAAAGAAUUACAUGACCUAUGACUACUGCACAGAUACCAAAAGAUUCAACGGACAGAUACCUCCAGAAUGUUUGAAAACACAAAUCUAA